AUGGCUGCGCCCGUAAAAAUCGAAAAUGAUGACAAUUUAGGGGAAUUGAAACUCGAUGAGGGCCAAGAUAAGCAAACCUUGCUCGCUGUCUUGGGGUUCCUCAAAAAGCACAACUUAAAAGGAACAGAACAGCAACUGCUCCAUGAAGCUCAUCUGCCAGAGGACCUUUUGAAGGAAGGUCAAGAUGAGCAGAAAGAUACUGACGUCUCACAGGCUCUUGCUGCUUACAAGAGCGAGGGUGACCCAACACUCUAUGAUGAUCUCUACACAAACUUAAAGAGUUUCAUUGAAUCUACUUUAGAUUCCCAUAAGAUUGAACUUGCGAUGGUCCUCUACCCUGUGUUCGUCCACAUGUACCUGGAACUAGUCUACAACGAACAUGAAGAAGAAGCCAAGGCGUUCUUUGACAAAUUCUCUCUUGAACAAGAACAAUAUUAUCAGGAGGACAUUCAGAAACUAUCGUGCGUAAUUAAAAAGGAGCAUAUGCAGGGCCACGAGCUGAUGGAUAGUUUUCGGACGAGUAAAUUUGUGAUCCGAAUGUCACGAGAAUCUUAUACUCAUCUGAAGCGUCACAUGAUGGAGAGACAUCAAAAUAAACUGCUGACGUUUAUUCAGGAGAAGAUUUAUAUUGAUGUGUUUGAAGGUGCACCUCGCAGCAAACAGCAGAUCGAUGCAGUGUCUGGCAGUAUGGGCGGUGAGGCGAUGCGUGAGGCAAACAAGACUAAAGUCUACUACGGUCUGCUGAAAGAGCCGGACAUCAACAUCCCAUUGGACGAUGAGGAGGAGGGGACCGAACCUGAAGGUGGCGAUAAACCCAAGAAGAAAAAGCCCAAGAAGGAUCCGUUGAUGAUGAAGAAGGCAAAGAAUGAUCCUAACGCUCCCAAUGUGACCAGGAUACCACUGCCCGAAUUGAAAGAUGCGGACAAACUUGACAAAAUCAACCAGUUUAGAGAAGCGGCAAAGCGGUUGAAACUCGGACCUGAUAGUCUCCCUUCCAUCUGCUUUUACACAUUCCAGAACUCUCACCAAGGAGUUUCUGCAAUUGACUUCAGUGAAGACUCAACUCUCGUAAGCGCAGGGUUCCACAAUUCACAAGUUCGUGUUUGGACGCUCACGAAAGAGAAACUGCGGGCAAUGAAAUCUCCGCACGAAUUAAAUAUUAUCGACAAGGAAGCAGAUGAUGUCUUGGAACGGAUGAUGGACGACAGGAGUGCGACAGAAUCGAAACUGUUGGUUGGUCACAGUGGGCCGGUUUAUACGACAAACUUUAGUCCGGAUAAGAAUUACCUGUUGUCAUGUUCGGAGGAUUCUUCAAUUCGCUUGUGGAGUAUGUUGACCUGGAGCAACCUAGUUGUCUUUAAGGGGCAUAACUUUCCUGUCUGGGAUGUCAAAUUUAGCCCUCAUAAUCACUAUUUUGCCUCCUGUGGUCACGAUCGGACAGCCCGCAUCUGGUCGACAGAUCACCACCAACCGCUGCGUAUAUUUGCUGGCCACUUGUCAGAUGUUGAGUGUCUUCAGUGGCAUCCAAACUCCAAUUAUAUAGUGACAGGCUCAUCGGAUAGAUCAAUUAGAUUAUGGGAUGUCCUGUCUGGCAACUGUGUCCGACUUCUCACUGGUCACAAGGGCUCUGUACAAUGUUUAUCAUUCUCUCCUGAUGGACGGUAUCUUGCCUCAGCCGGCAUUGACCAGACCAUCUUAUUAUGGGAUGUUGCCAAUGGGAACCAGAUAGGACAGCUGAAGGGUCACACAGAUUCGAUAAACUCGCUGUGUUUUAGCAGGGAGGGGACGGUGCUUGCAUCAGGUGCCAUGGACAACACGAUCAACUUGUGGGACGUGAAUAAGAUCUUUGACGAACAAGACAGUGAAGGCAUUGUCAAUGUUUUACCCACUGCCACAAAUGAAAACCAGACAUACCUAAUCCGGUCGUUCGGAACCAAAGACACACCGGUUUUGAGUUUGCAUUUUACACGGAGGAAUCUUCUGUUGGCAUCCGGACCGUACGGAGAUCCUUGAAAGCUGAACUUGUAGGCAAUGCAAGACUGUUUCUUCAUAAAAUGGAAUUCAGAUUGUAUAGGUCAGAAAAAGUGUACGCUGUGUUGACGUAGACUCUUCUAUUCACAGCUGGGCAUCUAGUUUCCUGGUGUUGAAAAGUAUCCUGUAUGUCCACUGCCUCUGGCCGAGAAGGAGAAUUUGUGUCACUGCCUAUCAUCCAUUUGUGUGGAAUGGAAGAUAUGACUCUAUAAGUGUUUUAGCUAGAAAUCUGAAAGGUAGUGCAGAAAAGGACAUACCUGUAGCUUGAAAAAGGCAAGGUGCUGUGUCCUGCUUUAAACGGUAAUGCAUUUGCCAUUGAUGAAAAAAGGUAGGGCGUCGAGAAAAUGUUUUUGCUCUGCCAAGACUCCAGCUGAAACUCUAUGAACAUGAAGGUUUGGGAAUUGUAGGAGGAAACCUUGUCCUGGUUGAUAAUGGCUUGAUCAAUGUACAGACUAGAGAAACCUAAGACACUCUUGGUUUCUCUCUUUGAAGAAAUUCAAUAAAAUAUUUAGUUCAAA